UAGUAGGUGUCGCACUUCAUAUUCAUUUAAAAAAAUAUAAUAAAACAAUUGAACAAAUAAUGAAUGAAGACAAUAAUUUGGUAAAGACUUGGUAUUUUUAUUUUAAAUGGGCUGGAUUGUGGAAAGCGCAUCGAAUUGGAAUUCGGAUGGGAAAUUUUGAAAUGCAGCAUGAAUCACUUUCUGCAUUUGCACCACUCUUUCCUGUAGCCGGUAAACUUAAUUAUGCCUCAUCAGUUGCCUUUUAUCUAGCACAUUUAGCAAAACAUCCUGAAUUAAAAGAAUUAUUAAAACAUGCUUGUUCAAUUAAUAUUAGUCGAGAAAAACAUUUUUUUGCAUUUGACGAGGCUUUAGAAACACUGGGGGUUAAAUACAUAAAACAAAAUAUAUCUGGAAAUCCUAUUAAUAUCGACCAACUUAAAAAUCAGAUUAAAGCUGUUCAAAGUGAAAGGGAUCGAAUUAAUCUGUUUUUAUUUGAAUUUUUAGAUGAUAAUGUUGCACAUCAAGGUGAUCGGGCAGUAAAAUCUCGUAAAGAAAUUACUUGGGAUGUAAUAAAUCAACUUGUUAUAGCAUUUGAUAAUCCAAUGAAUAAUUCUCUUUUUAAAGAUAUUUCGGGAUUAUCUAAUAUGACCGCAGAAUAUACAUCUGAAGGAUGGACCAGAUUAUUAAUUGUUAUUCAAUAGGAGAAGAGCGUCUUAAUGCUAUAUUACAACAAGACAUUUUAAAACGCGAAAAACGAGUUGCAAAGGGCAGAAGAGCAAAAAAUAUUGGACAUCAUAAAAUAGCAAAUAUGAAAAAAUCUAAUAAUAAUACUAGGGGUCGUGGUAGAGGUGGAGUUCAGCAUGUAUUGCCAUCUAAUAUAUUUACAACUCAAUCUUCAAAUUCAAAUACUUCUGUUUUUAAUGAAUCACAACAUUCUUUUAGUAUGCCUUCUAAUCCCAAUAAUUCUUUUGACCAAAAUAUUAAUUACUUGAACAACAAUUUACAAAAUAUACAUCUAAAUUCUAGUGUUCUCUCGCAAUCUAAUCCUAAUGCAGAAAUUCAGAAUCUUCCUAAUAUACAAGCUAUUCAUUCUCUUCCAGAC